AUGACAGCCGAAGAUAUUUAUCCAUGGUCUAAGGACGUACGACAUAGUUUGACUCAUAUAUUCAAAUUGAAGGAUUUUCGUCGACAUCAACUGGAAGCUAUCAAUACAACUUUAAAAGGGGAAGAUGUUUUUGUGUUGAUGCCAACUGGUGGAGGAAAAAGUUUAUGUUAUCAAUUACCAGCAACGAUCCAACAUGUAGAUAACAUUGGACAACAACAAUUUCGACGUGGGGUAACAAUGGUGGUAUCUCCUCUUAUAUCUCUGAUGCAAGAUCAGGUACAACAAUUACAACGACGUGGGAUUGCAGCAAGAUUAUUGAACAGUGCAAUUGGUUUUGAAGAAAGACGAGCGGUAUUUUCAGGUUUAGCAGGCAAUCCACCAGAAUUGAAACUUGUCUAUAUUACACCAGAAAUGUUACAAAGAUCGAAUGCUUUCCAGGAUACUUUGGAUAGGUUAUAUCAAAGAAAUUUAUUAGCACGGUUUGUGAUUGAUGAAGCUCACUGUGUAUCUCAAUGGGGUCAUGAUUUUCGUCCGGAUUACAAGUUAUUGGGCAAUCUCAAGAAUCAAUACCCUGGUGUUCCUAUUAUUGCUCUGACAGCUACUGCUAAUGCUCGUGUACAAAAAGAUCUAAUGUAUAAUCUUAAAAUUGAUGGAUGUAAAAUUUUCAAGCAAAGUUUCAAUCGGCCCAAUCUCAAGUAUGAAAUCAAUGAAAAAUGUAAAAGACAUCAAGAUCGUUUGGAAGAUAUCAAGAAUUUUAUUCAAACAAGAUAUAGAAAUAAAUGUGGUAUCAUCUACUGUUCAACCAAGAAACAAUGUGAAGAAGUGGCACAAAAACUACAUGAAGGAUAUGGUAUCCGAGCACUUCAUUAUCAUGCUGGGAUGACUCAAGAAGAACGGGUUGAAACACAACGAAAAUGGCAACAAAAUGAAUAUCCGGUGAUUGUGGCAACUGUGGCAUUUGGUAUGGGGAUUGACAAACCAGAUGUACGAUAUGUGAUCCAUUUUGUAUUGGCAUCAUCAGUGGAAGGCUAUUAUCAAGAAACUGGAAGAGCUGGACGGGAUGGAUUAGAAGCAACAUGUAGAUUAUAUUACUAUUUUGGGGAUACCAAGACUCAUAGAACUUUGAUUGAAAAUGGUGAUGGCAAUUUUGAACAGAAGAAACUACAACAUGAUAACUUGAAUUUUAUGAUCCAAUACUGCGAAAACAAACUGGACUGUCGACGGAAACAAGUACUGGCUUAUUUUGGAGAAACGUUUGAUGCACGACAUUGUCGUUCUCCGGCAUGUGACAAUUGCAUAGAAAAUAAUGGAAAACAAGUGAUUGACAAGGAUGUUACUAAUGAAUCCAAAUCUAUAGUACAACUUUUACAAUCCAUUCUUGCCCUUCCUAUUACACAAUCAUUUUCAAACAACAACAACAACAAUAACAACAAUAACGGACAUCGAAUCACACUCAUCCAAUUGGUAUCUUUAUUUCGAGGAGUAGCAAAUAAAACACUCAAGAAUAAAGGUUAUAGUUCAGUAGCUCUUUAUGGACAAGGUGAAAAUAUCAUGAAAAAUGAUGCGACUCGAUUAGCACAACAUUUAGUGUCUUUGAAUAUUUUGAAGGAAUAUACUGAAACCAAUGCAGGUGGAUAUAGUACUACCUAUGUUACUCUUGGAGUGAAGGCAAAUAAUCUUUUGUCUGAUCGAGAAAAGGUGGUACUACGUGAAAUUGGGGUAAGUCAAAAAAAAAAAAAAAAAAAAAGAAGAGGAGGAUGUUUCUGA